CCAGUUAUGGUUGCGCCUAGCCCUUCUCUAGGAAGCUCUGUUUUGUUAGAUUUUCCUUUUUAAGGUUUUUGUAAUUUUUUUCUUCAUUUUUUCUUUUUUGAAAAUUUUCGUCUUUCUGUAAUUUUGAGGUUUAGAAUUUGAUAUUACCAGAGCCAUUUCAGAGGGUUAGGAGGUGUGUGGGUGUUAGCUUUGUUGUUAGCGUCUAUCACCUGUGUCAUAUACCGCCAUUUCUCGCUCCAAUUUUCCUUCGAUCACAAUUCAAACAGCUUUACCUUUGAUUUAACUGAUCGCCGUCUUUCUGCUUACACUUGGUUGUGGAUUUGUGAAGAUUUGCGGCUUUAGGGUUUUGAUUUCCUUUAUUUGUUCUUCAAAUACACCUUUAAACGGAAUCAAUAAAAGAACAAAUCUAUAGAAGUUUUUAGGUUAGGUUUAUACAACUGUAGUGUGUAGUUUAAUUUUGGUGAGACAUGGAUAAGAAGAGAGUGGCUAUUCCUCUCGUUUGCCAUGGCCAUUCUCGACCGGUUGUGGAUCUAUGUUAUAGCCCUGUUACGCCCGAUGGAUUCUUCCUCAUCAGUGCCAGCAAGGAUUCCAAUCCCAUGCUCAGAAAUGGAGAAACUGGCGAUUGGAUUGGUACAUUUGAAGGUCACAAAGGCGCAGUUUGGAGUUGUUGCCUGGACACCAAUGCUUUACGUGCUGCCACUGGUUCUGCUGAUUUUUCAGCGAAAGUAUGGGAUGCAUUAACUGGAGAUGUACUGCACUCAUUUGAGCACAAGCAUAUUGUUCGUGCCUGUUCCUUUUCAGAGGAUACACACCUUUUAUUGACCGGUGGUUUAGAGAAAGUACUACGUAUAUAUGAUUUGAAUCGUCCAGAUGCACCUCCAAGAGAAGUGGAUAAAUCCCCUGGUUCAGUCAGAACUGUUACAUGGCUUCACAGCGAUCAGACCAUACUAAGUUCUUGCACUGACAUGGGAGGUGUCAGGUUAUGGGAUGUAAGAAGUGGCCAAAUAGUUCAAACACUUGAAACCAAGUCAUCAGUGACCAGUGCAGAAGUUAGUCAGGAUGGACGCUAUAUCACAACUGCUGAUGGAUCUACUGUUAAAUUUUGGGAUGCAAAUCACUUUGGCUUAGUCAAGAGUUACAACAUGCCUUGCACUGUAGAAUCUGCUUCCUUGGAACCGAAGUACGGGAUGAAGUUCAUUGCCGGUGGAGAGGACAUGUGGAUCCAUGUAUUUGAUUUUCAUUCUGGUGAUGAGAUUGCAUGUAAUAAGGGUCAUCACGGACCUGUACAUUGCUUGCGCUUCGCGCCCGGAGGGGAAUCCUAUGCCUCUGGAUCUGAGGAUGGAACCAUUAGGAUAUGGCAGACUGGUCCUUUAACACAUGAUGACUCAGAUGAAGCCGCCUUGGUCAAUGGAUCUAUUGGAAAAGUAAAGGUAAGUGCAGAUGAGGUUUCACGCAAGAUCGAGGGGUUCAACAUUGCAGACGAGGGGAAGGGCAGAGAGAAGGAGAAGGAGGAGACAGGAAAUGAGUGAAUUCGUUUCUCCAUUGCUUGAUGCGAAGCCGCAGAGCGUUCGAGCUUUAUAUUCCUAUACAGUUCAUCUUUUGUGAGAUAUGGACUUUGCUGAUUUUUGUAUACAGUUUUAGUCAAUUCUGCAGAUAUGGGUGUGUGAACUUAUUUUUGUUAUGCCAGUGUCUUAACGCUUUUUAUUUUUGACAUUUUUAGAUUUUAAACCAUUGUCAUUUGUAGCAAGGACCACGUUAAGAGCAUACCAUGUGAAGAAAGGGCUGGUCAUGACUACAAUUCAGGACCAAUCUCCCAGAGUUUGGCAAUCCAACUUUCUUGUAGUCAAGCCAAGUCCAAAUAAAAUUGAAAAUUUUCCAAGUCA